UUAGUCUUAGUACCGUUGGAAACUUUAACUUGGUUAUAGCUAGUAAAGAUCCUUUGGAAUUUGCUAUUUGGGCAAACAUGAAAUGAUUUGCGAAUUUCUAUUGACACAGUGUUGAUUUUUGUGUCAAUACUUUUGUCACAUUAGGUAAUGAUCACAUAAAAACUUAGAUAUUUACGUGAUAAGAUAUCUUUAGGUAAAGUAACAAAACGUGACUGUUUACUGAGUAGGUGUAUGCUACACGUUUUUAUACCCAUUUUAUGUUGUUAGUUGAUUAAUAUUAUGACUAAACACUUGGAUUAUUGAACACAGUUUUUCAUAAAAUAAUAUGGAACGAGGUAAAAAAGAAUCUAAUUAAUGACUACAAACUUUUUACUUCAAACAAACUUCAUUACCAGAAAAGGAAAUCAUGAGUGUCAAAUUAAGAAGUAUCCUAAAAAAAUAUUUUGGAAAUUUUUGUUUCAAAGUAAUUAAGAAAGUUCGGUUAUUCGAUAUGGCGAGUGGCGGAGACGCGCCGGUUACUAUUUUACCUAAGCACAUGACUUACUCGAAAUCUAGAGUACCGAUAUUGGGUGCGUUAAUUGAUUAUGUGGACACCAGCGUCCAAUAUUUGAGGAAGAAGACUUUCGCACAAGCGGAGAAACUGCACGCGAAGUCCUCGAGGGCGACGCUGUCUGCUAGCUUCCUCGCUAGUGUCUGUCUGAUGCUAGGGUUCGUGUGCAACGUGAAGUUUGAAGUAGUGACCGUGGACGAGGAGCCUCUGCCCAAUGACUUGCAUUUCAUGCUUAUGAGCAAGGAGGACAAACUGUACAUCGACGAUAUUGACGUGUCGCGUGUGAUGUGGUGUGUGGAGGCGUCUGACAGUCUUGUUAUAUUAAUUAGCAGUUUGCUAAUAUGGAACUCUUCAAACGUGCGCUCUCCACUAAGUGAGUAUCUGUUCCUCCCCUGGCUGGGCGCAACCCUUCGCGGCCUGUUCUUACGACAGGCCCCCACAGCCGGAGCUCUCCUCUAUACGAUGGCAGUCAUCAACGGCAACGUGAAUCCUCUCUUCCUGACUGCUUUCUCGUUUCUAUUCCUAUUGGAAGCGCGGCUGUGGCUGGAGAUUGCUCGUCUGGUGCGCUCCAGGUGGGAACGGCGCGAGCAUGCCAUGGCCUCACACGAUUCAGAGUAUGAAGUCGAGACUCUAUGGAGCAAUGAUGAUGUCCAAAGCAUUGAAAUGAGAAACUACGUUUAUUAGGAUAACUUGCUAAUAUUUACUUAUAACCAUCGAGUAAUAAAUAACUGAACGUUCAAAAUAAUUUUAAAAAUAAUUUACAUCGUUUUGUUGCUUUUCUAAAUGAUCGACGACGUGAUUUCCUUUACAGAGGCGAACUGACAACGAAACGAAAAGUUGCUUUUCGUAUCUCUAUCGUGGCCAUCCUUUUUAAUUUUUAGUUUCUUGGGUAAUUUAAUUAGUACCUAAUCACUGUCGGUUUUGUAACUAAAAAUUUCUAUUUUUGUAAUUAUUCAGUUAUAUUUUUGUACGUACGUAGUUAAA